GUUUUCGACCCUGCUGCGCCGCCACCUCCACCCCGCCGCCAUGAGUUUGGGUCUACCCAACCACGGAUGGAGUGAUGCGUGCAUCGAUGUGUACGAGAAGAUCGAAUGCAUCGGCGCUGGGACGUAUGGGCAAGUGUUCCUGGCGUCACAUCGAGACACGGGCGAGAAGGUGGCGCUGAAGAAGAUUCGAAGCUUGAACGAAAUCCAAGGGCUACCAGUGACGACGAUCCGUGAGAUUAAGGUGCUGAAAGCGAUCAAACAUCGGAACGUCGUGGGUCUCAGGGAAGUGAUUGUGACCAACGAACUGGAUAUGGGCGACCUGGACGACGACCCAGACGCCGACAUCCCAGCAGCAGGUGGCGGGCCGGUGCCGAUGGAUUUUUCUUGCGGGUGUAUCUACCUCGUGUUGGAAUACGUCGACCACGACCUGACCGGUCUCCUGGACCGGCAAUACCCUUUCACCGACGUCGAAAUCAAGUCCAUCAUGAUGCAGUUGAUGGACGUGAUGAAGUACAUGCACGCCACGGACGUGAUCCAUCGGGACAUCAAGUGCUCCAACUUGCUUCUCACGCCUCAGCAUUUGCUCAAAGUCGCCGAUUUCGGCCUCGCCCGAUCCACCUUGGGCGAACUUCCGUUUACGAAUAAGGUUGUGACGCUGUGGUAUCGCAGUCCUGAGCUCCUCUUGGGUGCGACCUCGUACGAUGCGAUGGUGGACAUGUGGAGCAUCGGGUGUGUCUUUGCCGAGCUAUACGUGGGGCGGCCGCUCUUUUCUGGCAAGAACGAAAUCGACCAGAUCAAGCGCAUAUUUGAUGUGUGCGGGUCGCCCACGGUGGCCGACUGGCCAGACCACGCCGCGCUUCCCUUUAGCUCCAAGUUUGUGCCCGAGAACCUGCCGAUUCCCAACCGCCUGGCCGAGGUUCUCGUGCGAGAAGUCAGCGCGCGGGUGCCGCCGCGCGAGUUGCCGCCCGGAGCGCUCGAGCUGAUGCUGUCGCUCCUCCAGCUGAAUCCGGCCAAGCGACCGACGGCGGCGGACGCCCUGCGGUCGCGCUACUUUCAGAGCGAACCGUUCGCCCCCGAUGACCCGGAAAGUUUGCCGCCGAUUCCGUGUAUUCCGUCACAUGAGUUUCAGACCAAGAAGAUCCGGAAAGAGAACAACGCCAAGCUCCGCACGACCAUGCCGUCGUCGGGCGGCAGUCGGUUCCCGAGUCCGCCGCCGGUGGAACUCAUGAAGCCGCUCAACAAGAGGCAUAAACCAUGAGCUAAUAAAUUAGCUAUCCUCGUCACGUGUAACGAUGGAAAUCAAAUCGCC